GGCUGUCCAAUGCACAUGAAGACUCCUGAUCAUAGUGCUGAGAAUGAAGCCAAUGUUCCUGCACAUCAAGAAAGAGCAUAUGAAUAUGUUGCGUGUCCGAUGAAGUCUAGGGCAUCUCAAGUGGAAGAUGACAUAGAUCCUAGCAACAUGAUGCCACCUCCUAAUCAACUGCCAUCGCCAGGUCAGCCAUUUCCACUGUCAACUGUUAGAGAAGAAUCUUCCAUUCCUAGAGCACAUUCUGACAAGAAAUGGGUCUAUCCUUCAGAGCAAAUGUUUUGGAAUGCUAUGCUAAAAAAGGGGUGGAGGUGGAAAGAUGAUGACAUAACGAGUGAAGACAUGACCAACAUCAUUAAGAUUCACAAUCAGAAUAAUGAGCAAGCUUGGAAGGAAAUUUUGAAGUGGGAAGCUCUUCAUGCUAUGGAAUGCCCAUGUGGCCCAACACUGAUGCGAUUUGGAGGCAAAGCCAAGGAGUACUCACCAAGAGCCAGAAUACGCUCCUGGAUGGGGUACGAGCUUCCUUUUGACAGGCAUGAUUGGAUUGUUGACCGCUGUGGAAAGGAGGUGCGCUACGUUAUUGAUUAUUACGAUGGCGGAGAGGUUGAUAAGAACUACCAGUUCACUAUCCUGGAUGUUCGCCCCGCGUUCGAUUCUCUCUCGGCUGUUUGGGACCGAAUGAAGGUAGCUUGGUGGCGGUGGACUUCAUAACUACCCCUGUGGUGUGUAGUCAAAAAGUAAAACAUUUCCUCAUGAACUGAGGAUUCAUGGACACCGGAACUUUAAACCGAAGUUCCCUGCAACUGUGAUUAUCUGCGUUAUCACCACUGUUCUUUGGGGGUGAGAAGGGAGGAUGGGCAAUUGCACUGUUGAAUGCAGCAAUGCUUUGUGGCUUUUUGAAUUGAAGAAAUAAAGUUA